AUGGCCGGAGCCCCCGAGAAAUACCAGUACGACCCGUCUCUCGCCGCUGCGGCCCUGUUCGCAGCAUUGUUUGGGAUAUCCACUGCUGGCCAUUUGUUCCAACUCAUCCAAACCAGAACAUGGUACUUCAUCGCCUUCUUCCUCGGUUCACUGUUUGAGGUGGUGGGCUACGCCGCACGAGCUGUCAAUGCUUCCGAAAACCCCGACUACUCAACGGUUCCAUUCAUCAUACAGACGCUUCUCCCGCUGCUGGGCCCGGCUCUCUUUGCCGCCUCCAUUUACAUGAUAUUGGGUCGGAUCAUCCGGGUUUUGGAUGGAGAGCAUCUCUCGCUUAUUUCGACCAAGUGGUUGACCAAGAUUUUCGUCUUUGGAGACAUCUUCUCCUUCGCCAUCCAGUGCAUUGGUGGUGGAGUUCUCGCUGGCGCAGAUAGCAAAAGCGCUCUGGACCGCGGCCAGAACAUCAUCCUUGUCGGCUUGGCGAUUCAAAUCAUCUUCUUCGGAUGCUUCAUUGCGGUGAUAUCCGUCUUUCACUAUCGGGUUCUCAAGAACCCUACGCGAACCAGUGUCACUACCCACCUGCCCUGGGGACAGUUUAUCUAUGUUCUCUACUUCACCUCUCUUCUCAUUAUGGUUCGAUCUAUCUUUAGGGUUGCGGAAUUUGCUGGGGGUGAGGGCAGCGCGCUUCAAACUUCCGAGGCCUACUUGUACUGUCUGGACACGGUGCUCAUGUUCAGUUGUUGUGUGGCGUUCAAUGUGUGGCAUCCCAGUCGGGUGGUUUCGGCCCAUGGACAGAAGGGUUAUGGGGACGUCGAGCUUGGGAGUUCGGCUACUUAA